AGAGGCAGACAUGGUGGCCCCGUUGCUGCUGCUCCUGCUGUUGGGGGAAUCUCUGCAGCAGCAUCCAGGCUUUGAGCUCCAAGUGCAGGAAUCCUUGACGGUUCAGGAGGGUCUGUGCGUCCACGUGCCCUGCUCCUUCUCCUACCCCUGGAGUUCAUGGUCUUCCUCUAGUGAACUCUACACCUACUGGUACUUGAAAGAUGACAGCGUAUGGUACGAUUCACCUGUGGCUUCAAAGGACCCAAAUAAACCAGCAAAGACAAAAACCCAAGACCAUUUCCUCCUCAUGGACGCCACGAACAACAACUGUUCCCUGCACAUCAGAGACGCCAGGAGAAGUGACACAGGAACAUACAUCUUCCGAAUGGAAAGAGGAAGUGUGAAAUAUAGUUAUCAAGAUAAGAUGCUAAAAUUGAAGGUGACAGCCCUGACAGAGAAACCCCACAUCCGUAUUCCGGAGCCUCUGGAGUCCGGCCGCCCCACACAGCUGGCCUGCAGCCUGCCCGGGGCCUGCGAAGGGGGACGACCUCUCACCUUCUCCUGGGCGGGAGCCGCUGUGGACUCGCUGGACCCCCAGAACCUCAGCUCCUCGGUGCUCACCUUCACCCCGAGGCCCGGGGACCAUGGCACCAACCUCACCUGUCAGGUGAAACGGGAACAGCCUCGGUUGACCACACAGAGAAGCAUCCAGCUCAAUGUCUCCUAUGCCCCACGGAACCUCACCAUAGGCAUCACCUUCAGAAAUGCCACAGCUAGGCCUGGCCAGUGUGGCUCAGAAGUUGAGCUUCGACCCAGGAACCAAGAGGUCACAGCCUUCAAGAUUCUGCAGGACACUUCCCUUUCCAUCCUGGAGGGAGAGGCCCUGAGGCUGCUCUGUGUGGCUGACAGCAACCCCCCUGCUGAGCUGAACUGGUUCCGGGGGUCCCCAGGCCUGAAUGCCACCCCCAUCUCCAGCACCGAGAUCCUGGAGCUGCCUCACGUAGGCCCUGCACAGGAAGGAGAGUUCACGUGCCAAGCUCGGCACCCGCUGGGCUCCCAAAAUGUCUCUCUCAGCCUCUCCGUGGCCUACCCCCCGCAGCUGCUGGGACCCUCCUGCUCCUGGGAGGACCAGGGUCUGCACUGCAGCUGCUCCUCCAGGGCCCAGCCGGCCCCCUCCCUGCGCUGGCGGCUGGGGGCGGGGCUGCUGGAGGGGAACCAUGGCAACGCCUCCCACGUGGUCACCUCCAGCUCUGAGGGGCCCUGGACCAACAGCUCCCUGAGCCUCCGCUUUGGGCUCAGCCCUGACCUCAGACUCAGCUGCGAGGCCCGGAAUGUGCACGGGACCCAGAGUGUCUCUGUCCUGCUGCUGCCAGGUCAGGGCCUGCUGGGGGCGGGAGUGGUUCCUGCAGCUCUUGGAGGUGCUGGAGCCCUGGCCCUGCUGUCCCUGUGUCUGUGUCUCAUCUCCUUUGGCAGAGUGAAAGCCCACAGGAGGCAAGCAGCCAGGAGACAAAAGGUCACGAAUGAUGAAGACCCGGUCAUGGGCACAGUCACCUGGGGUUCCAAGCGAAAUCUUGGGCUAGACAGGCCCCCAAACCAAGGGUUGCCCACAGAGGAUCCCCCUCUGUCAGAGGAACAAUGGGAAGUCUACUACGGCAACCUCAGCUUUCACGGGAUGAAGCCACAGGAACCUGAGGACCCGGAGGCCACCAGCAGCAUGAAUGAGUACUCAGAGAUCUAGAAGACAAGCAAAUGAGGACUCGCUCAGAGCUCAGUCCUGGCCAGAGGCAUCGCAACCCGUCUGGGGGGGAAGAAGUCGGGGACUCAUUACUGAAGCAUGAGAAGACCUUGUGGCAUGAUUAACAUUAACUACUGUAUGAGCAGAGCAGAAAGAAGACAGGUGAUGGGGUUACAGAGAUGUGGUUUCAAACGCAGGCUUUGGCACGUCCCAAGGCAGCGGUCACCAACUGGUGCUCCGCAGACCACUGGUGGUCCCUGAGGUCCGAAAGGUUGGCGACCGCCGGCAAGGCAGUGUCAUCAAGUGGUGAUUCACUUCAUUUCUCUGUUGCUCAGUGUCCCAUUCUGUGCAGAGGUCAUGCAUUGUGCUCAAAGCUGGUUGUGUGCAUUAAAUAAAUCGGAACAUGGACAUCAACCAACAGAGGUUCCGUCACAGAUGUGUGCCCAGGACUGGCUGGUCUCUUUGCGAACGGGAAGGUCCUGCUGGCAAGUGCUCCUGAAGCCAGGGGUGACCAGGCACCGUGGAGAGGGGGACAGCUUGUUGGUGUCAU